AACCGUCGCCGCCGCCGCCACCGAUACCGACCGCCGCUUCGGGCGCAGCGCGCAGUGGGCCCGACUGCGUCACACGCCGCCCGCCGUCAGAGGCUCGCUCUGGGUGCUCCGCCCUCGCUGCCUGCGCAUUGGCAGACGCCGCCGCCACUCUAGGCCCACCCUGUUACUCAUUGGGCAAUGAGUCUUUUGAAACCGAACGUGAGGGCGGACUUCGGGAGAAGGGGCGAAGGGGAAGAGGAGGGACAUAAGGAGUUAGGGGGAAGGAAAGCGGUGGGGCAGUGGGAGGGAAAUGGAGUCCCGUCUUUGGCUGCUGCGGUUGGCUGGAAGAGAUUCGUGACGUCACACAGGGCCCCUCGAAGUGGGCCGAUGAAUGGCUACAUCGGGCGGGGUGUGGGAGAAGAGUGGUGACGCUAUACUAAGGCUCCGCCCCUUUUGUUCGAGCGCAGAGCCCCGGGCUGCUGAAGCUCGGGCCAAUCAGAGGAAAGGCUCCAGGAUGGCGUGGUAAUGGAAUGCAGCAGAGUUAAGGUGAUAAGGUGGCUUAUCCAACGUGUCAAUCCCGGGUGUCCAGGGCUCUUCCGGCUGCCCCCACGCAGCUGGAAUUAGUAGGGAAGACCAAGGCUGGAGAGGCAUGGCAUGAAGGGACGCCAAAUUAAAGGGGUCUGACAAGAUGUACCAGGUCCCACUGCCACUGGACCGGGAUGGGACCCUGUUCCGGCUCCGCCUCACCAUGGUGGCCCUGGUCACAGUCUGCUGUCCACUUGUCGCCUUCCUCUUCUGCAUCCUCUGGUCCAUGUUCUUCCACUUCAAGGAGACUACGGCUACACAUUGUGGGGUGCCCAAUUACUUGCCUUCGGUGAGCUCGGCCAUUGGUGGGGAAGUGCCCCAGCGCUACGUGUGGCGUUUCUGCAUCGGCCUGCACUCAGCACCACGUUUCUUGGUGGCCUUCGCCUACUGGAACCACUACCUCAGCUGUACCUCCCCGUGUCCAAGCUACCAACUGCUUUGCCGCCUCAACUUCAGCCUCAACGUCAUCGAGAACCUCGCGUUGCUAGUGCUCACCUACGUCUCUUCUUCUGAAGACUUCACCAUCCAUGAAAAUGCUUUCAUUGUGUUCAUCGCUGCAUCCCUCAGUUACAUGCUUCUCACCUGCAUUAUCUGGCGGCUGAACAAGAAGCACACAGUAAGUCAGGAGGAUCACAAGUCCUACAACUGGAAACAGCGGCUCUUCAUCAUCAAUUUCAUCUCCUUUUUCACGGCGCUGGCUGUCUACUUUCGGCACAACAUGUAUUGUGAGGCUGGAGUGUAUACCAUCUUUGCCAUCCUGGAGUACACUGUUGUCCUAACCAACAUGGCAUUCCACAUGACAGCUUGGUGGGACUUCGGGAACAAGGAGCUGCUAAUUACCUCACAGCUUGAGGAAAAGCGAUUCUAAACCCCUCUCCUGCUGGGGAGGAGCCCACUGCCCAGAAACUAGAAACAAGAUCCCAUGCUGGCCUUUCCUAACUACUGUGUCCUCUCUAGGCCCUACUGAAGCUGGGGGAAGGGGGAAAGAAAGGAGGAAGGGCACAGGACAAGGCUUUACCCAGCCCUGUGGCUUCUCCAUUCCCCUAUCCCACUUGAAGGCACAGAGGCCUUCAAGCAGCAUCGCUCUUACCUGAGAGAAC